GGGGAAGAGGCUGUGCAAAAGGAUGGCUUCCAACAGGAUGGCAUAGUCCCUUUCAGGGGUAGGCGUCCCCCCAUCGACGGCAGCGACUGCAGCUUGAGGCGGCGAGGGACAUCCAUCGGAGGAGAGGCAGGAGACCUUAGUCCAGAGCCGGAGGGAGGAGUGCGGCGUCACCAGGGCCUGUGAGCACCCGCCCAGCAGCGCUCCAUCCCCCAGGGCAGGAUGGACAGGCUGCGGCAGGUGCUCAGGAGGAGGUCGGCCAAGGUGCUCUCCAUGGGAGAGGAGAGCAGCAGGGAGCCUGGGCAGGAGGAGCGGGGCCCCACCUGCCGUGAUGAGGAGGGGCCCAUCAGGGCAAGGAGGUGGCUGUGCCCCAUCUGCUGCCGAAGUAAACUGGCAGCUCCCAGCGGCAGGGGAAAGGAGGGAAAGAAAUCAGCCACCUCCAAGUCCAGAUGGAGGUGGCCAUGGGUGCACCUGGGCAGGCGGGAGCCAGCGCCAUCACAGCUCCCGGCACCCGAAGAGCCGUGCAGCUCCCCUCCUGGGUCAUGGGGCAGCCUGGAGCCCGGCCCUGCAGCCCCGCAGCAGGAGGCAGCCCCGUGCCAAGCCGGGGACGAGGGCCCAGCUGCCCUGGGGCAGGAGCUGAGCCAGGCCCACAGCAGCCCCUGCCUGAGCCGCAGCUCCUCCUGGGAUGACUGGCACACGUCCCAGGAGUCCGGGAGCACCAGCCCCAGCACCAGCUCCUCCUCCUCCUCCUCCUCGGACUCUGAAAAGUCCCAAGAGGCCCAAAGCACCAGCACGAGCAGCAGCUCCUCCUCGGAGGACAGCGAUAGCUCAGAGGAGUCCAACACCACCAGUUCGACCAGCAGCUCCUCCUCGGAGGACUCCAGUAGCUCCCUGGAGUCUGGGACCAGCCCGGCCCCCGGUGCCACCUGCACAGUGAUUCCCAGCCCAGCCGGCGAGGAGCUGGAGGAAGAGGAGGAGGAAGAGGAGGAGGAGGAGGAGGAGGAAGAUGGAAGGUCCCCGGAAGAAGCUGCCCUCCUCCUUGUGAAGAAACUCCUGCAGGACCCCGGGGAGAUGCUGGACGGGAAGGACAGGCAGCGCUUCCUGCUGGCCAUCAUCAGCCUGACCAUCGCCGCGGACCAGAGCAGAGAGGUGGCUGUGGAGCUGGAGGACCUGAAAGCGGCCGUGCUGGAGAGGAUCGUGGACCUGAUGGAGACCAUCUCAGUGGAGGGCGACCGAAAACACAUCCUGGCGUACAGCAUAGACGCCAUCCGCUGCCUCAGCGACCCGAAGCUCAGCCUGGAGCCAGCGCUGGAGUCGCGCCUCCUGCGGGCCGCCGUGGAGAAGAGCUUCCUGGCCAUAGGGCGUGAAACCCAUCGAAACCAGGUCGUGCAGCGACUGUACGAGGAGUACCUGGAGGGCCUGCUGUGCUGCGUCUUGUCCAGCGCCCCCAGCCUGGGCAAGCUCUACUCCAUCUGGGAGCACUUUACAUCGUGGACUGAGGCGCCGGAUGCCCAGCACCGUGCACUGGGCAUGAAGAUCAUGACCGGCGCUAUUGCCUUUGCUGUGCAGCUCCUCCCACAAUUUGAGGGCUCCCCUGACAUACUGGAGGUGGGGGACAUGGCAGCCCGCCUGGGUCUGUCCAUCAACGACCCGGAGGAGACCAUCAGCUGCGAGGCCAGGGCGUGCAUGUAUUUGCUCGCUCAAAUCCUCCUUCAUCAGAGGGGCCAAGACAUGCGAGGGGCAGAGGAGCUGCGGUGCAAGCGCCAGAACGAUCAGAGCCAGGUCCAGAAGUACAGGGACCUGGCGAGAGUGGGAGAGGGGCUGAGAAAGAUCUUGCUGGAGGAGCAAAGGAGAGCUUUCCUGCAGAGGGCCCUUCAUGCAGUUCGCAAUGGACCGAUGCACAUCAGCCAAGCUGGGCUGGUUUUCCUGUAUGCAAUCUUGGGGGAAGCCGGCCGCUUGAUGGGGCACAAGGAGAAAGAAAUCCCCAUCAGGGUCCUGAAUAAGGUCUUCAUUAUCACCUACCUGAAGGAGCUGCCUAAAGAUCUGCAAGGGCACAGCCUGCUGGUCACCUCCUCCAGCGCCAUCGCCUCUCUCCAGCCGCCCACACUUGCUCCUGCAGCAACACCUGCAGACCACCUCAACCCUGACAGCACCUCCAUGAGAGAAGAUGACCUCCCCAACCUCACCGGGAGCCCGAUGGCUACAGAGAAAAGCUGCAACAGCGCUGAAGCCACCACACACGUCACCGACUGACAAGUCAUCAUCCAGUCUGAGCCGUCCGCCACAGCCAAGUCAGCCUCUGCAAGAGGAGCAGCCUGAGAAACCCUCGUGGUGAAGAACUUGAAUAUCUUCCAGACCAGCUCUGCAAAGGGCUGGGGAAAGACCAGGCACCAUGAGUUUGUAGUGCCCAGGUUGCCAAGUGGAGGAUGCUCUUGUUGUGUGGAUGGCAUUUUGUGACCCCUGCCUCAGGGCUUUGGCCGGUCGCCAUUUGGGGCCAGGAAGGAAUUUUUUCCCCCUUCAUUUAUGGAACCAACUUCGGGGGGUUUUUCGCCUUCCUCUGAGGCAUCGGGACAUAAUCAGACCAUCCCGGCGUCUGUUGUGUUAGUAGCCUGUCCUUGAAUCCAUCGAGAGCCAUUCAGGGAGUGAAGAGAGCAAAGGCAUAAACCAUGUGCACUGUUGAACAUAGAUUUAGUGUAAUGUGUCAUGUUGAACAUAGAUGUUAUAGAAACUAAGAGGAGAUGUAGGAUAAUAAAGUUAAGCUUUAGUUUUCUUUUCUUAUAA